AUGAUAAGAACAAGCACGCUGCCACUCGAAGCAAAUCGGGAGGAACGCCUACCCGGUGAUUAUCCCAAUCGAAUCACCGUGGCGUUCACUGCUCAGUAUGACUAUAAAUUCGCCCUAGUCAGCAACUCCAUCAAGAAUAUGAUUCGAGCCAAGCAGUCGAUAUUUGCUCGGGCGUUUGCGAGGUAUGCGUCCACCUCGAGCAAGAGUGGACCGACCGCCGUUGUGUUAAUGAAUAUGGGUGGCCCUUCGACUGUGGAAGGCACACGUGAUUUCUUAUACCGCCUCUUCAGCGAUGGCGAUCUUAUUCCGUUCGGCCGAUUCCAAAAACCCUUAGCGAAGUUUAUUACCGCUCGCCGCUACAAAACAAUUGAGGAGCACUACAAGGAGAUUGGUGGCGGCUCGCCUAUUCGCAAGUUCAGCGAGCAACAGGGCGAAAUGGCAUGCGAGCUGCUCGACAAGCUCAACCCUGACACUGCCCCCCACAAAUCAUAUGUCGCGUUCCGCUAUGCGCCUCCGUUGACAGAUGAGAUGUAUGAGCAGCUGCUCAAAGACGGUGUUAAACGGGCAAUUGCCUUCUCACAGUACCCGCAGUACUCGUUUUCCACCACUCGAAGCAGUGUGAAUGAGCUCGAGCGCGUAAUUGAGCGUAUGGAUCCCGAGCGAACAAUUGAGUGGUCUUACAUUUUGCGAUGGCCCACUCACCCCAGUUUUAUCAAGACAGUUGCUCGCAAAGUUCAGCAAGAAAUUGAAAAGUUCCCUGAAGCUGAUCAGAAAGACGUGAUGGUGUUGUUUUCAGCCCAUUCUCUGCCCAUGACAAUUGUCAACAAGGGAGACCCGUAUGUUGCUGAAGUCUCAGCUUCUGCGUACGCAGUUAUGCAAAGUCUUGGCUUUUCCAACCCUUACAGGUGCACUUACCAGUCCCAGGUGGGUCCUCAGCCUUGGUUAGGUGCCCAGACACAAAAGGCUAUUCAGACACUCGAGAAACAGCCAGGUUACAAGGGAGUUGUUGUUGUCCCGAUCGCUUUCACGACUGACCACAUCGAAACGCUGCAUGAGAUUGAUAUUGAGAUGCGCGAGGAGGUCACUAAGCCUGAGCUUUUGCGCAGAGCCGAGUCUUUGAACUUGGACGCGGGGUACAUCCAGGCGAUGGCUGAAAUCGUUAAAGAACACCUCAACGAUGAUGAUGCGGCACAGGUUGCCUCGGGGGCUGCCGCCAGACCUGUGUUCAACGUGCUCAAUUAG